UGUUCUUCAGGAUCAGCCGAGGUUCUUCUGCUGAGCCGCUGGAUCAUGGCUGAGAGUCCACAGGAGCACAGCCCAGGGGUGUUGAGUCGCAUCGGGAGCUGGCUGUCGUGGGGUUGGGGCAGAAAUGACCCCACCUCCCAAACACAACAAGAAGAGGACCACAAAGAAACCAGAGCAGACGAGACAGACAGUCCCUCACGAGGUGAGACGAGCCCAGCCCUCGAGCGGAAUGCCAAACAUCUGAGACUCGAACGCAGUCCAUCGAUUGAGAGGGGAAGGCCACCUGAUCUCUGUGACCAAAUGGGCCGAAAGAGAUCUAACAGGAGGAGGCGGAGCUCCCACAGAGAUGAAGGCGGAGCUAAAUCCCCAACCAGUCCUCAACCUGAAAGCCCUGAAGCAACCAGUUUGACGAGCGGCCCGCGGAUGACAUGCGCUGACUCAGCUUUUGAGGAGACACCAGACAGCCUUCCAGAAGAAGAAGAAGCGCCAAGCUCAGGUAAUCGUGAGGAUGUCUUCCAAACACACCUGAGCGAAGACGCAGAUUCGGAUUCACUCACCCGAGCGGCGCUGGCUAAUACAGAUAUGAAUGAGGAACGUGUGGUGAGGCUGACGGAGAGCGCCGAAUCCAAGCGCAGGAGCAUCAAAGUGUCUCACAGCGAGGUGGUCUUCCCUAAAAAGGUCUUGGUCGCCUCGGAAGAGCAAAGGGAAGAUCAAAAGGUGGCUUUUAAAGACACCGAACGGCUGAGAUCUGAUGGAAGAGCCAGAUAUCCAGAGGACAGAGUGGAUGGCACCAAUGUGAAGUCCAAAGGCCGAAUCGCAGACAAGAUCAGUCUGUUUGAGAGAGGAGCCACCAAUCCAGUUAGCAGCUCCACAAACCUGCGUCACCUGGAUAUUUCUCCAGCUCGAAAUGUGGCUAGUCGUCUUUUCACAGAACGUGCCGGAGCACGGUCCAAUUCUGCACCUCCAAACCAAACGGUUAAAGAGAGGGCGAUGAAUUUUAAUGCAGGACGGAAGGGGGGAGAUAAUCUGACUUUGCCGUCUGGUCAUACGCUGAGCGAAGGACAUUCAAAAACGGCUGAAAUAUCGCAAUCUGAACGUUUUGAGAAAUCUACAGCAAAGACAGAUACCAGCGGAGAGCCAAAGGUUAAAUGCAAACCUCAUUUAAACAUAGAUCAAACAGACUCCAAAUCCCACAAUGCAACACAAAGCACACCUGUAUUGUCGGAGAGCACAAGUGACUCAAACAUUGGGAAUAAAGAGCUGGAUUCUCUGCCAAUGGUUUCAUCACCUACUGAUGAGACACCACAGGUAAAAUCGCCAAACCGGACCAGCUCGCGAUCUAAAAAGCGUCGAAGCAAAGAUCCGCGGAGCCCCACCAAACCAGAAAUGGGUCAGGGUAAACAGGAGGUCAAGGACAAACCUCUUGUAGACAUUGUAAAGACCACAGAGCAGUAUUCUGAUAAAGAAAGACCCGACUCUGCUAGGGAGGCCGUAAGCAAAACACCUAAAAUCCCUCCAAGUUUGGAGAAAGCAGCAGAAAUUAUGCAAAGCACAAAGAAAAUAUCAGACUCGCCACAUGCGGACACAAAAUUUCCUAAAGAAAUGAAAAGCAAGGACGAGAAGCAGCAUAGCUCAAAUGAAGAGAAGACAGAGCGGACAGAGAUUGACUCAAAAACGGAAGAGAAACUGAGAAACAUCAGCCAAAAGCAGCCUGGUCAUGUGCGCUCAGAAGGAGAGGGGCAGAGGAACAGAGACGUGAUUGUAAACACAUUGUUUGGAGAGUCAGGGAAACCAGAUCCAUCUGUGACAAAAGAAGAGAAACCACCUUCCCUGGAGGACUUGAAGGAGGCCAACGCUAAAGACUCCUUUGAGCCAGCAAAUAACAGCACUGGAGCUUCCAGGAAAGAUACCAUGCGAAACAGAGGGAGUGAGACGGAUACGCUGGUCUUACCUGAGAAUACCACUGAAAAUACCACUGAAAGUGAGCCGAAAUCAGCACAAAGACCAUCCAAGACAAACCAAAAUAGUCGGGAAAAAGACCAUUUGGCUGAGAUUAGCAAUCAGAAUGAGAACAUCGAGCUUGUGAGAGAAACAACUGAGACACACAAAAAUAGUACUGAAGUCAGUACAUCAAAGCCAACCAAGCAGAAUGAAGAAGAAGGAAUUACAACAAAGAUGACUAAACACGGUAAAUCAAAGAAUACCUCAGCUGUGAGACAGGAAGACACUACAGUUUUGCCAACCAAUGAGGGUAAAGAGACUCAGACUACAGAGUUAAACUCUGAAUUGUCUGAUCAGACUAAAGAAAACACUACUACUACAAGUAGGACACCGGCAACACCAAACCCUACACUGGUCAAAGACCAAAAUGACAAUAUGGAUGCCAUAAUUUCACUUCAAAUUCCCUCUACAGAGGAAGGCGGUCCCAAAAGAGAUGAGCCACCCCUACAAAACCAAUCAGAGAGCGGAGAAGAACAGAAAACACAGGCAGUGUCUAAUAAAAGAGAUUUACAACAGCCUAGCACUGAUAUUAAAAAUGGAGGCACCAAGGAAACCCAGAGUGAAAUCACCGGCACAGAAAUUACAUCUGUAAUAAAUGGAGAUGUACACACUGUGCAGGCGGAAGAUCAGGUUUCUGACUCUCUUAAACAGUCUGGAGAAAAUGCACUUUGCUCUAGGCUUGAAAAUACUUUAUCUGAAAUACCAUCCAAUAAUGGCAAUCUACCUAUGAUCUCAGCAAAAAAGAAGCCCACUUCCUUGUCAUCCAAAGCCAUUGAAACAUGUACCAAGCAAUCUGGCCAGGUCACCGCUGAACCAGCCUCAAAAGAUGAUAAAGCUUUCGGUGAUAACGAGAACACAACUUUGUCAAACUCGGCUAAUAAAAAAACUAAUAAUGAAAAGACCACUCUUCCACCAGCCUCUACCAAUGUAAUAACCACUCCUAAAAAACCAACAACUGUCGAAAAAAACACAUCUCCACAAGCCUCAACCAAUGAGAAAACCUCCACUUUGCCUACCUCAACUAAAGAAAAUACUACAGGUCUAUCAGCAUCCACCAAUGAUGAUGAAAACAAACCUCAACCAGCCUCAACUGAUGAGACAAUCUGUGCUUUGCCUGCCCCAAGUAAUGAACAGACCACGCCUCCAACAGCAUCAGCUAAUGAACAGACCACGCCUCCAACAGGAUCAGCUAACGAAAAGACCACGCCUCCAACUGGAUCAGCUAAUGAACAGACCACACCUCCAACAGCAUCAGCUAAUGAACAGACCACGCCUCCAACAGCAUCAGCUAAUGAACAGACCACCCCUCCAACAGGAUCAGCUAACGAAAAGACCACGCCUCCAACAGCAUCAGCUAAUGAACAGACCACGCCUCCAACUGGAUCAGCUAAUGAACAGACCACGCCUCCAACAGCAUCAGCUAAUGAACAGACCACGCCUCCAACUGGAUCAGCUAAUGAACAGACCACGCCUCCAACAGCAUCAGCUAAUGAACAGACCACGCCUCCAACAGCAUCAGCUAAUGAACAGACCACGCCUCCAACAGGAUUAGCUAACGAAAAGACCACGCCUCCAACUGGAUCAGCUAAUGAACAGACCACGCCUCCAACAGCAUCAGCUAAUGAACAGACCACGCCUCCAACUGGAUCAGCUAAUGAACAGACCACACCUCCAACAGCAUCAGCUAAUGAACAGACCACGCCUCCAACAGGAUCAGCUAAUGAACAGACCACGCCUCCAACUGGAUUAGCUAAUGAACAGACCAUGCCUCCAACUGGAUCAGCUAAUGAAAAGACCACGCCUCCAACAGCAUCAGCCAAUGAAAAGACUACUCCCCCAGCAGCAGCAUCAAAUGAACAGACCAUGCCUCCAACAGCAUCAGGCACUAAAAAAGCCACGCCUCUACCAGCACCAACCAUUGAGACAAUUUGCAAAUUAUCCGAUAAUCUACAAACAAUACCAUCUGCCUCAUUAACCGUUAGGUCUCCCUCCACUUCAUUAGCCUCCAGUGAUGAAAAGAACAAACCUCCACCAGCCUCAUCUAAUGAAAAGGACACAACUCCAUCAGAGUCAACUAGCAAAAUGACAACUAAUGAAAAGACCAUAUCUCCACAAGCCUCAACCAAUGGCACAACCUCCACUUUACGUGCCUCACCUAAAGAAAAGACUACACCUCCACCAGCAUCAACCACUGAGACACUCUCUGCUACAUUAAGCUCCAGUGACGACAUAAACAAACUUCCACCAGCCUCAACUAAUGAGACAGUCUCCGCUUUACCUGACUCAGCUAAUGAUAAGACAGCGCCUUCAACAGCCUCAACUAAUGAAAAGAACACAGCUACAAUAGAGUCAGCCAAUAGAUGGACAACUAAUGAAGAAACCACAUCUCCACAAUCCUCAACCAAUAAGACAACCUCUAAGAAAAAGACUGCACCCCUACCAGUAUCAAUCACUGAGACAAUCUCUGCUACAUUAAGCUCCAAUGAUGACAACAACAAACCUUCACCAACCUCAACUAAAGAAAAAACUACAUCUUCAUUAGAUUCAACCACAGAGAGAACCACACCUCCACCAGCCUCAACUAAUGAUACAAUCUCCACUUUGACUGGCCUAGCUAAUGAAAAGAACACGCCUUCCACAGCAUUAGCCAAUGGAAAAGCCAAACCUCUACCAGCACCAACUAUUGAGACAACCUCCACAUUAUCUGGCUCAGAUAAUGAAAAGACCGCUCCUUCUGCAUCAUCAACCAUUGAGUUUGCCUCCUCUUCAUUAGGCUCAGGUGAUGACAAGACCACACCACCAUCAGUCUUAAAUAAUGACAAGACCACACCUCCACCUACCACAACUAAAGAAAAUGUUGCACCUCUACAAUUUUCAACCAAUCCACCAGUCUCCAUUGAUAUCACUACUAAAAAUGAAAAGACCACACCACAACCAACAUCAUCCCAUGCCCCCCUAACCUCUAUCAAUGGAAAUAAUAUAACUCCACUUCCUUCAUCCAAAGAAAAGACAAUAUCACCACCAGACAAUGAGAGUAGCAAGGCCACACCUUCACCAGAAAAACCCUUGGGUCCUGAAGUCUCAGCGAAAGAGAAGAUCUUCUCCAUUAAAUCUACAACUCCAUCCACAAGAAAAAAGGAAUUUAUCCUCAAACCCUUUCUCCUUCCAGAAAUCCCCGCUGCGCCCGGAAGCUCCUCCCAGAGCAGGGACUCUCCAUCUAGCUGGCUCGAUGUGGAUCACCAACGUCCUUUAAGGAAGAAGCUGUUGAUUCCAGAUCCCAAGCUGAGCUCCUCUGUGAGUGGGACCCACCUCCUGAACACAUCGGGAGAGAUUGACCCAGAUGACUUCAUUGCAAAUGUGAAAAGGCUAGCAAUGCCAUUCAAUCUUCCCCUACGCAAACACAACAAACAUCGUCUGCAAGCACCUCCGUUUGCCAUGCCUGCCAUCAAAGAAGACCACUUUGAGAAACCCUUUGAUCCGGAGGAGUUCCAGCAUGGCUUGAGGCGAAGGAGGGAAUUCAUUUUGGAUUUGCCUUCAAGUUCAAAAUCAAAGAGUCUAGCUGCAGAAGUCAAGGAGGCAGAGAUCAAACCAAAGCGAGAGAGCAUCCUCACGAGGUCCCUGAUCUUUCAGAGAGCAAGGAAGGGGUCUGAAAAGGAAGAGGAAGAAAAAGAGGAGGGAACAGAUGUAAAUACAACAGAACCACUGAAGGCAAAAUCUCGUUUGGAGAGGUGCUCUAUUGUCAGCGUUCUAUGCAGCCCCAGUAAAGAAAGACGAAUGAAGUUUUUAAGCCCCACUGAGAGUCCUUCAGGUGGGCUGUUAUCACCCAGAGAUGGUUCUGGGUCUACAGCACCUCCAGAAUUACAGCUAGCCCCAACUAUAGAACCAACCAAAUUGGUCCCAAUAGAAGAAACCCUAGUUAAGAAUAACAGCCACGAUACACUGUCUGGUUCUCAGGUUAUUCUAAAAUCUAGCUCGGACAUUGGGCCUGCCAUGACACAUGACCUCAAAACGUCUUCAAGAGACCCCACAGUCUCUCUAUUAAAAGACUCUAAUGCGUAUUUUCCUUCUAGUGGUAGCCAAGCUAGUUCCCAGGUUGUACCGACUCCUACGAAAGAUGAUGGACCUACUCUUGCGCCUGACUUGAGAGCAAAUUCAGCAGACUCUUCAGUCACCAUGUUUACAGACACUAAUGUUCCUACUCCCCCCAGUGAUUCCCAGACCAGUUCCCAAGUUGUGCUGAAACCUAUGAAAGAUAUUGGACCUACCCUGGCACCUGACUUGAAAACAACUUCAGUAGACCUUCCGAUCACAAUGUUAACAGACACUGAUGCACCUCCACCUAGUUGUACUCAGUCUGGUUCCCAGGAUGAUGGACUUGCCAUGACACCUGACCUUAAUGCUUCUACUCCUCCCAGUGGUCCCCAGACUGAUUCCCAGGUUGUACUGAAACCUAUUACAGAUGAUGGACCUAAACUGACAACUGACUUGAAAAUAACUUCAUUAGACUCUUCAAUCACCAUGUUAACAGACGCUAAUACACCUCUGACGCCUAGUUAUACCCAGUCUGGUUCCCAGGAUGAUCUUAAACUUAUCAAGGAUGAUGGACCUGCAAUGAUACCUGAUCUCAAAAAAACUUCAAGAGACCCCACAGUCACUAUGUUUACAGACACUAAUGAAUCACUGCUUCUCAAUUGUACCCAGACUGGUUCUGAUGUUGCCCUGAAAACAACUGCAGUAGAUGCGAAUGCUCCUCCACCAUGUCCUUGCUUUGAUGACAUAAAGUUACCUUGUUUCCUGGAGAAAUUUCUUCCUAAGGAACCUGAAAACGCUCAACCAUCAAAUAAGAUCAACCCACUGAUGGCUAGAGAAAGUGCCUCAGUACCUGGUCUAGUGGAUCUGAAUAAGUCUGUUGACGUAGCUGAUGGGAAGAUCCCAGAAGAGACGAUUCCACCGGCACCUGUAGUUCCAGCGGCUCAAAUCCCUCAAGCUAAACCUCAGCGAGAACUUCCAAAUAUUCCAGCUUCUCGCGGAAUCCACCGCCGUCCUGGAAAGAUUGUGAUAUUUGAGCACCAUCAGUUCAGCGGUCAGUCCUUUGAGUUCUACAGGGAUCAACCUGAUGCCACACACAUCAAACUGUCCAGUGUCAUAUCUAUUAAAGUGGUCAGAGGAUGCUGGAUAUUAUAUGAGAAACCGGGAUUUGAGGGACGAUGCAUCCCUCUGGAAGAGGAAGGAGUUAUAGAACUGCCCAAUCAAUGGACAGAAGAGGGUGAAGAAACAUCUGCCCCUGUGGUCAUUGGCUCAAUUCGACUGGCUGUCAUAGACUACACUCCUCCCCGGAUAGAGCUGUUCACCGAGCCUGCUGGCAUGGGCAGAAGCUCUGAGUUUGUGGAUGAAACAGUGGAAGUGGGCAGUUUUAACCGUCCUCAGAGCACCGGCUCCAUCAAAGUACACAGUGGCCUGUGGCUGGUUUACAGUGAUCCAGGUUUCCAGGGUCUGCUGGCGGUUAUGGAGGCCGGAGAGUAUCCGUUCCCGGAGGACUGGGGCUUCCCGUCGCCCGCGGUCGGCUCUCUGAGGCCUCUGAGAAUGGGCGCUCUGAAGGUCGAGAAGCCAAACGCGGUCAAGGCCGUGUUGUAUGAGAAGGCCGGUCUGGAGGGCCGAUGCAUGGAGGUUCAGGGAGACGUCUUCUCCUUCGCCAGGACAGAAACGGACCCGAGUGACCCGAACUGUGUGGAAUCACUCAAGAUCCUCGGAGGCCUGUGGGUGGGAUACGAUGGCGAAGGUUUCGAGGGGCAACAAUUCGUUCUGGAGGAAGGAGAGUAUUUGGACUGGACAGACUGGGGUGGGACGGGGGGAAAACUCCUCUCUCUACGGCCCGUUUUCAUGGAUUUCUCCUCCCCUCAUAUGAAGAUGUUUAGUGAGCUGGACUUCUCAGAGCGCGGCGUCUGCAUGGACCUCCUGGAGCCGCUGGAUAACGCCAUGAACACACACUACGGCCCGCAGACGCGCUCCAUCGAGGUCCUGGCCGGAGUGUGGGUGGUGUUCGAGGGCCCCGGGUUCUCGGGUCAGCAGUAUGUUCUGGAGAAGGGUCUGUACGGAAGCCCGGAGGACUGGGGCUCCUCCCACAGCCGCGUCUGCUCGGCCAUCCCCGUGAUCCCGGAAAAUCCAGAAAACUCCUGCCACUUCCAGAUCGAGUUAUUCUCUGAGUCUGGAUUCGGUGGAACAUCUGUCCUGCUGAAGGACUCGUUACCCACAAUCCCCUGCGGCUUCAGUGUGCGCUCCUGCAGGGUUCAUGCGGGCAGCUGGCAGGCGUUCAGCGGCGAGUGUUUCUCGGGUCAUCAGUGUGUUCUGGAGGAGGGUUUUUAUCCUGAUCUGAGGAUGAUGGGUUUCUCUGAGCCGGACGCAUCAGUGCUGUCUCUGCAGCCCACGGGACUCGAGCUCUCGGUGCCGGCGCUGCUGCUGUUUGAGCGAUCUGGACUCAGAGGACGGAGGACGCCGCUGAAGACGGCUUCGGUGAAUCUGCAGCUCACACACAGCUGCUCCAGAGUCUCUUCUGUGCUGGUGCUCGGCGGCAUCUGGGUUCUGUACGAGGAUCAUAACUUCAGAGGUUCUCAGAUCCUGCUAAAGCCUGGCGCCAUUCCUGAUUGGCCCAAACUCACCUCCUGGCUGCGAAUCGGAUCGCUUCGGCCGCUCAUCCAGAAACAAGUGCAUUUCCGUCUGCGGAACAAAGAGGCGGGGCUUCUGAUGUCCGUCAGCGGAUUAUUGGACGACAUCAAACUGAUGCGUAUCCAGGUGAGCAAUGAAACGGGCGGAGCUGAGCAGAUCUGGACCUAUCAGGACGGUCAGCUGCGGUGCAAGGCUCUGCUGGACGUGUGUGUGGAUGUGAGUUCUGGUGGCCUGAUGUCUGGCAGCAGAGUCGUUCUCUCCGCUGAAGCCGGAAGAUCGCAGCAGCUCUGGAGCGUCUCGAGCGACGGGAUCAUCCGGAGUCACGCCAGAGCAGAGCUCGUGCUGGAGGUCAAAGGGGGUCAGCAGUUUGACAAACACCAGAUUAUCGUGAACGAAUUCCACCCUGACAAACUGAAUCAGCGCUGGUCUCUGGAGCUCCUCUGAGCUGCACCACAGGACCCACUGCUCUGCUGCGGAGCUGCGCCAGGGGGACCAGCGUCCUGUGAGGCAGCUGCACCAGGAGGACCAUCAGCUGCGGAAAUCUCAUUCUCAUGAGAGCCAGCCAGUGGAUGGAAAAUGACCAUAAUCAGCUGGACGUUGUGUUAUUUUCAUAGAUGAACUCUCAGAUCGACAGGAAGAGCAAUAAUAACUGUUUUCUUUCUUGUCAAGUGUAUAAAUGUGCCUGUGUGGACACUGAUUUCAGCUGUAUUAAAGCACGAAGUGUUUAGAAAAUGUUUUUUAAAAAUGUUUGUUGUGUUCUAAUCACUGAGACGUGAGAUCGGCUCUGUGCUGAUUGGCCCGCGGGGAUUGGCUGGCUGCUGAUUGGCUGUCAGGGGAUUCUGGUGUUUUAUGGUUCAGGAGCUCCAGACAGAAGCCUCUUCUCACAGUCAGCACAAACCAGACCAGCGUUGAUCUGCAUUCGUCCACGAGUUAUGCACUGCUACAAAAAAAACAGAUAAUAGUGAAGUGAAUUAUCUGAGUUUUUUUCUUGUAAUUCUGAGAAUUAUAAAU